AUGGCUACGAUUAACAAUCAAGAUAACAACAACAGGCAAAUCAAUAACGUUGCUUCCUCCAAACAGCCACUUCAAUCUGCCAAAUCGAUCGAUACCCAAUCUGUUCUCAAAAGGCUGCAGGCGGAGCUGAUGUCGCUAAUGAUGGGAGGUGAUCCUGGAAUUUAUGCAUUUCCUGAAGAGGACAACAUAUUUUGCUGGAAAGGAACAAUUACAGAGAGCAAAGAUACGAUGUUUGAAGGAACAGAGUAUAAGCUAUCCCUUUCCUUUCCGACGGAUUAUCCUUUCAAGCCUCCAAAGGUUAAGUUUGAGACAGGGUGUUUCCAUCCUAAUGUGGAUAUCUAUGGAACUAUAUGCCUAGACAUUCUUCAGAGAGGGAUUUCAAUGGCAUACCUAGCCAAAAUUGUUAUUGUACAACUAUUGCAUAAUUCUGCAUUUAGUUCUGGCUAA